AUGCAGAAACACUGGACCAAGUUCGGCGAUGGUAGAGUCCGGGUGGCGUCGUCGCGCCGGAGUGGAAACAUCGCCCGUCGGCGUCAACAAGAAUCGACGCAAGAAGCUCACAAUCGGCCAGUCCUUACCAGUAAACUUAAUAAGUCAUUUAAAGGGAGAAAUUCCGUGGAGGACCCUCUUUCUGACAAUUGUUUGGAGCAGCCCCGAUGCGCCGAGGAGGCGCUCAACCGGUUGCCGACUCUUCCUGGCGAGAGCAGGUCCGCCUCUCUCCAUGACAAAACCCGCGUGACGUCGCGGGGAAUGACAUUUCAGGGCGCCAGAAGCAACGGCGAACCAUGCUCCAAAGAAGGUGACGAUGCUCUGUGCCUCCAACGGCGAUCAAAUCUAACUCUGAAGCGUCUCCCACCAAAACCGAGCCGGGACUAUGGUCACCUCAGAAGAGAUACAGUGCGAACGAACUCAGCAGAUCCCCCACCUAGCCUCCUUCGUCGGCAUUAUGACAAGGCAAGCAAGAUGCAACCUUCAAGCAAGGUAGAUAUGCGGCCGCCGUUAGCGGAAAGCCGGCGAUCUUCGUCGUCCGGGAACCGGUGCUUGGGGACUGUUCGCUCUGUGGACUCACGAAGCGCAGUGUCUGGGUCGCCGGGAGAAUGCGAGGUCGGAAGACAUGCAAAGUAUGAUAUUUCCUAUCAUAAUGACGCAAAAUCGAGGGGUCCUCGAAUGAGUCUGCCACGCGAGGACAGCUCGCGUGAUGAAGAGAGUGACAGCGGCAACUCAUCCAACAGUGAGAUGAGCAGCGAGGCAAGCGGUGUAUCGUGGCUUGAUUUUUCAAAUACACACAGAAGAGAAGCACGGACCGAGCCCAUAUCCGCGCAUAAAGAUGUGGAUACUUCGCGAUGCGUGGAGGGGCAGCAUGGGUGCGGUUGUCAAAAGUGGGACUACUGUCGAAGUGCAAAUCUCGGCGCAGGCGCCUCUGUCCCAGAGACAAGGUCCAAUUAUGGGAGUUCAUCCCACCGGGUGAAACCGAAGCUUAACCUCAGCAGUCCACAAAGUACAGCAGAAGCGGCAGUGACCGGCCGCCGUGAUUCGCUGGUGAACACAGCGGGCAAGUGGUUGAGAAGAAUUUCGUUCAGCUCAGCCGCGAGUAACCAGAGAGAAGAAAAGGGAUCGAGGAACUGUUCCGAAGUGAACGCUUUAUCUGCCAUACAGACACGCAGGCAUAGUCGGCAGGGGGUUUCGGGGUCGAAGAUUAAACAGACCCUGGUAGAAGGAGUCCGGGGAAUCUUAUCACGAUCGCGUAGGCGAAGCGACGCAGGGACCGUGGCUUCUGACAAACCACACCCAGGUGCACUUUCUACUCGUGAAACCGGUCACGGGCGCCUACGAAGCUGCCAGGAUCAGACAGGACACCGCGACCGUCUAGAGCCGCACUGGAAGCGUUGUGUCUCUGACUCAAAUCCUCCGAGCGAGGCGUGGGAGUCGUCGCUCCCGCCAACACCCACGGGUCGUUCAGGCAAUGGCGGAGAAUGGAGAUACAACGACAGUGAUAUCUCUCAUGACAGAGAGAGCAGCGUGUGUUCGGAAGAGGAUUUUAUGGACGCAAAUCGAUCGGACAGAGACGAACUGCAGCAGCCGGGACUGGAUCGGAGAAGUUCAUUCAAGGCCGUGGCAGCCACAGCAUUUACUGCGUCACAUAGUGGGGAAUUCCCUCCGCCAUCCGUUAAUCCGCGCCGAUGCCAGGCGUCUACUCGGAAACGAACAAGCUCGACGCCAUCACGGGUAGCAUCUGAUUAUUCUGGAGAUAUGUGCAGUGGCCCCCAGCAAACAGGAUGCCUGGAAGAGAAGGUGACACACCGUGGAACGGCGGAAGCGCCUGUUCGCAGGCUGAGCGCGGCAUCUACUUCUCCCAGUCGCAAUCAAGAUACUCGGAGUGACCGCGGGUCUCUAGCCACUAGCGAUUUGUAUGUGGACGAAAACGCCAGUAAAAUGUCCGUUCUGCAGAGAAAGCACACCCCUGAGAGACCGUCCAAACAGUCUUCUGCGAGAAAGAUCCCAUCAAUUCCUUCCCCUAUCGUCACCUUGGAGCAUGUCAACGCCUCCAUUGACUGGAUUGUUAAUGUCGGGUCGAAUCAGCAAUUAAUGCAGAAAGCACAGGAAAUGGUCAGAGAGAGACUUCAAAAGCUGUGCUUAAACAAACGGCUGGAACGCGGAGGUUUGAGUCCUGAGACACCCUGCGCGAUUUCAGCGCCCAACUACGUCAGAGUCAAUCGCCCUCGUCUAUCGUCCAAAGCAGCCACCACGCAUGCUACGAGGACACCUAUUCAACUACCACGGUCAUCGAGUUUAACAUCGGGAAGGGGGCGGUUCCAUGAGGCGAAACCGCCACUAAGGGAAGCGAGGACCGCGGCGUUGCCGCGAAGUUGGGGAAGCGCCGAUCUCCCAUUACUAGAUCCAUCGUGCGAAGGCAUGAUUAGUGCGCAGCUGGAGGGAAACGAAGACACCCAACGCGAAACGGAGAGGCCGAAGGAUGUUGUAUCUGUGAAGCAUUUUCGCGUGAAGGCAAAAAACAGACACGCUAUUCCUUUGUAUGUUUACCCCGACCUGGAGACUGGACUAGAUUCAGGCUUUUGA